AUGGCGCCUAGGGCUGCUCCGGCGCUGCGGGUGCUCCCGCUGGCGCUCGCAGCGGCCAUCUUCUCGGGGCUCACCGCCAUACUCAUCUACCUCUCCGGCAUCUCCUCCUCACAUGGCGGCGCUCGGCUCUCGGAGGCGGACCUGGCAGCGCUCGCCGCGCUGCGGGGCAGCUUCAGCAAGUGCGUGGAUGCAAAUGGGCUAGGACUGGAAGCGGUGACUGGGGAGGACUACUGUCGAGUUGUGAUACAAUACCCAAGCGACACAGUUUCUAAGUGGAGAGAUCCAAUCACCCAUAAGGUUGAAGGUCUGUCGUUUGAGUUCAAUCUGUGCGAAUCUGUAGCCUCAUGGGAGCAGGUCCGAAACAGUACAACAGUACUCACAAAGGAGUACAUUGAUGCUUUGCCAAAUGGCUGGGAGGAGUAUGCAUGGAGAAGGAUCAACAAAGGAAUCCUUCUGAAUAAGUGCCAGAACAGAAGCCUUUGCAUGGAAAAGCUCUCACUAGUUCUACCUGAGACAUCUCCAUAUGUUCCUCACCAAUUUGGUAGAUGUGCUGUUGUUGGGAACUCAGGUGAUCUUCUUAAAACUAAAUUUGGGGAUGAAAUUGAUUCUUAUGAUGCCGUCUUCAGAGAAAAUGGUGCACCCACCCAGAAUUACACUGAAUAUGUUGGUACAAAGAGUACAUUUCGCCUUCUGAAUAGAGGAUCUGCAAAGGCACUAGAUAAAGUUGUUGAGUUAGAUGAAACAAAAAAAGAAGUACUGAUCGUUAAGACGACAAUACAUGAUAUUAUGAACCAAAUGAUUCGGGAACUUCCAAUAACCAAUCCGGUAUACCUCAUGCUAGGCACAUCAUUUGGUUCCUCAGCUAAAGGAACAGGGCUUAAAGCUCUUGAAUUCGCCCUUUCCAUCUGUGACAGUGUUGAUAUGUAUGGCUUCACAGUAGACCCAGGUUACAAGGAAUGGACAAGGUACUUUUCAGAGGUCAGAAAGGGACACACUCCACUACAUGGUAGAGCAUAUUAUCAGAUGAUGGAAUGUCUUGGCCUGGUAAAAAUCCAUUCACCGAUGCGAGGUGAUCCUGGCAGGACAGUGAAGUGGCUGCCUACCAGGGCUACCAUCGAGGCUGCCAGAGUUGCUUCUGAGAAGUUGUUGAAGAGACCUGGGGCUGGAAGUAAUAGCCCUCUGGGGACUUGCACCAUGAUAAAGAAGCGCAGGAAAGGAAGGAACCAAACAGAUCUGGUCUACGAGAUGCUGCCAUGA